CUGUGAUUCUCAGUCAUAGAAUCAAGAAAAUCGCUGUUUUUUCUUGUAUAGUGUUUCUUUUUAUGACAAUUUUUCUUGAACUUAAUCAAAAUUUUGAAUGAUUCAUGGUGAUUUUUCAUUGAUUCAUUGAGUUGAAUUAUACCAUUAUGAGAACAAUCAGACCUUUGUUGAAAAGAUUGCACAAUGUUAAUACAUUUUCACCAAUGUACUCUACCACUACAAAAGCAAAAAUUGACGAAAUUAUAAGAGUCGAUCAUGCUGGAGAAUUGGGAGCAGAUCAAAUAUAUGCUGGUCAAAUGGCAAUAUUAGGUGGCACAUCAAAGGGACCCCUUAUACAACAUAUGUGGGAUCAGGAAAAAAAGCAUCGACAGAAAUUCGAAGAACUUAUUCCAAAACAUAGAGCUCGACCUACAAUUAUGUUGCCAAUUUGGAAUGUAGCUGGCUUUAUUCUAGGUGCUAGUACAGCUCUUAUGGGUGAAAAGGCUGCUAUGGCAUGCACUGUUGCAGUUGAAACAGUGAUAGUAGAACAUUACAACGACCAAAUUAGGUCAUUACUAGAUGAUCCAGAAAAAAAUAAAGAACUUCUGGAAACCAUAAAACAAUUCAGAGAUGAAGAACAAGAACAUCAUGACACUGGUAUCGAAGCAGGAGCUGAACAAGCUCCAUUUUAUUCCACAUUAACAGAUAUUAUAAAAAUUGGAUGCAGAGGGGCAAUAGCCAUUUCCAAAGUCAUUUGAAGGGUCAAAUCAAUAUUUCUUCAUAGUUUCUAACAAGUUGAACUUCAAACAAAUUUGCCUAGGUGUGGGUCGAUUUAAAUCAUUGUACAUAUGUGAAUAAAUUUUGUGAAAAAUA